AUGCCUGAUAACGGUGAUCCCUGAGCGAUAUCUCACGAUGUAAUCCUAUUUCGGCGUGAAAUCCGGUUCAGGUUACAGUAACAUUCAUCGAGGAAGAGGGGUCAGAGUCAAUGAUAGAGGGAAAACAUGGGCGCGAAGGAGUGCAUCAGAACUGCCAUCGCCUUUUCGAUUGGAUGCUUCCUGUCAAUUUUCGUGUUGAUACGGAUGGUUAUAGUCAUCCUGAAAUCUCGGGGGAGGGUAUCAUGGAAAAGACAUGACAUGCCGGACUGCCUGCGUGACCCAGCUUUGGGGACUCACAACUACGCACAUCUCGAGCACGUCCGCCUCCACUAUGUUGCUGCCGGGGACGAGGACAAGCCGUUGAUGUUGAUGAUACACGGCCUCCCUGAAUUCUGGUUUUCAUGGCGUUGUCAGAUAAGAGAAUUUAAGAAAUACUACAGAGUUGUUGCCAUCGAUCUCCGUGGAUAUGGGGAGUCUGACAAGCCCUCUGGGAUCAGCAACUACGGUCUUGGUGAAUUAGCCAAGGACAUCAAACAGCUUGUACCAGCUCUAGGUUACGAGUCCUGCGUACUGGUGGGUCAUGAUUGGGGCGGUGCUGUAUCGUGGACAGUGGCUGGAAUGUACCCUGAGGUGGUGGACAAGCUGAUCGUCAUGAACUGCCCUCACCCAUUGUCCUUCAUGGGAUACGUCGUCACACACUGGGCCCAGUUCAAGAAGUCUUGGUUCCAAUUUUUCUUCUCCGUCCCUUUCUUGCCUGAGCUGUACUUCUGUAUCCGGGACAGGAGGAUGUUGGAAGUCAUUUUUAACGGCAGAGUUUGGGGGACUCGAUGUAAGAAGUUCUCACGGGAAGAAGUAGAGGCUUAUAAGUAUGCCUUCCCAACAUUAGGCAGCUUUACCGGUCCCCUUAACUACAUCCGGGCAAUGCCACGCACUGUGCCACCACCCCAGAAGAAGAUACCUGCCCCUACCCUUCUGAUCUGGGGGUGCAAGGACGGGGCGAUAGAGAGAGGUCUUGCCCCACUGGCAGAGAAGUACACGGGCUCUCUGACCAUCAAGUAUGUGGAGGACGCCAGUCACUGGGUGCAGAUGGAUUGUCCAGAUGUCGUCAACACCCACAUGAGAGAAUUUCUACGUGUUUCGUAAACAUACCUUUCUUGACGAAGCGUCUGAGUAAAACCCAAACCUUUUAUGCAUAUUCACACGUUCAUACGAAGUGAUCGUUUGCCUUAAUUACACACAGAACGUCUCACUUCGUCAGUUACAAGGUUCACACUUGGAUGCUUAGGGUUAUUGUCCAUCUUUAAAAUCACAAUUUUAAGCAUUUAAUGUAAAUUUGCUGUUAUUGCUUUAUGAACAUAUUCGAAGUAAUGGCUAAUGUCGGGGCAUGUGAUUGGAUCGUGUGCGCAGGUAACAUGUCAGGUGUCUGGAAGAACAAGGGUAGUUACUCAAUCCAUGCACCUCGACCCCACACCCCCUACAUAAAAAUGUUAAUGCGUUUUGCAUUUGAAACCGUUUUCAAAAUCAUUAAUCUACAAUCAUGACCUGUUAAUACCCGUAUACUCAAGAUUGUUCACUGAUAUAUAUAUUCAAAAUGAGAAAAUAAACAGUGUCACGUA